AUGGCUGAAGCUACUGAAAAUAGUGAGCUGCUGUUAAAUUCAUCUUCUACAGAUAUGGUUUUGGGUCCAAACUUGGACUUCAGGAGAACAGAGCAAAUUCAAUUUGACAACUCUCAGAUACUUACCAAUAAUAUAAGUCCAUUGCCAUCUCUAGCAUUAUUACAAUCACAAAUAGGCCUACCUCAAACUAAAGAUUUCAAAGAGACAGGUUGUUCUGGGGUAGACCUUAUAAAGAUUAUGAAAAGGUAUAAUCAAUUCAGAGGAUUAAUAACUAUACAAGAACUUAGACAAAAACUUAGAUAUAAUCUUAUUAAUGUGGGAGGAUACUUUGUUUCCAUAAAUAAAAACACCCCAGGACAUAUUGUGGGAGUCAUGGUCUUACCAAAUUAUGUAAUAGAAUAUUUUGAUUCCGCAGGAAAUGAACCAGCAGACUUAAAUCCUGAAUCAAAUUACGAAGUUAUUUAUAAUACAGUAAAAUUACAAAAUGAUGGGAAUAUGACCUGUGGUCUGCAUGCAUGGUUUUUUCUGACUUUAAGGUUCCAAGACAUUAGCAUGGAUGAUAUAAUAAAAUUAUACCCUAGUCAAUGUGAUGAUUUGACACUGGAAGAUAAUGACACCUUUGUCAAUGACAAAAUGAAUGAAGACAUAAUAAAAUGGCUAUAUUGGAGAAACAAUCCAGCAACAUAG